AUGGUUUCUGCCAAGAAGGUACCCGCGAUCGCGACGUCCUUCGGGGCCAGUUUCGCCCUCCUGCACUUCCUGUGCCUGGCGGCUUGUUUAAACGAAUCCCCAGGACAGAACCAAAAGGAGGAGAAAUUAUGCCCGGAAAAUUUUACCCGCAUCCUGGACAGUUUACUCGAUGGUUAUGACAACAGGCUGCGUCCUGGAUUUGGGGGUCCUGUUACAGAAGUGAAAACUGACAUAUAUGUCACUAGCUUUGGACCUGUUUCUGAUGUUGAAAUGGAAUACACAAUGGAUGUGUUCUUCAGACAGACAUGGAUUGACAAAAGACUAAAAUAUGAUGGCCCCAUUGAAAUUCUGAGAUUGAACAAUAUGAUGGUAACAAAAGUAUGGACUCCUGAUACUUUCUUCAGGAAUGGAAAGAAAUCUGUCUCACAUAAUAUGACAGCUCCAAAUAAGCUUUUUAGAAUUAUGAGAAAUGGCACUAUUUUAUACACAAUGAGACUCACCAUAAGUGCAGAGUGUCCCAUGAGAUUGGUGGAUUUCCCCAUGGAUGGUCAUGCAUGCCCUUUGAAAUUUGGGAGUUAUGCCUAUCCGAAGAGUGAGAUGAUUUAUACGUGGACAAAAGGUCCUGAGAAAUCAGUAGAAGUUCCAAAGGAAUCUUCCAGCUUAGUUCAGUAUGACUUGAUUGGGCAAACUGUAUCAAGUGAAACUAUCAAAUCCAUCACUGGUGAAUAUAUCGUUAUGACGGUUUACUUUCACCUCAGACGGAAGAUGGGUUAUUUUAUGAUUCAGACGUACAUUCCAUGUAUUAUGACAGUAAUUCUUUCUCAAGUUUCAUUCUGGAUAAAUAAGGAAUCAGUUCCAGCUAGGACUGUAUUCGGAAUAACCACAGUGCUCACCAUGACCACACUGAGCAUCAGUGCACGGCAUUCCUUGCCCAAAGUGUCCUAUGCGACUGCCAUGGAUUGGUUCAUAGCUGUCUGCUUUGCUUUUGUGUUUUCGGCCCUUAUUGAGUUUGCUGCUGUCAACUACUUUACCAAUGUUCAAAUGGCAAAAGCCAAAAGGAAGACAUCAAAAGCCCCCCAGGAAAUUCCAGCUGCUCCAGUGCUGAGAGAAAAGCAUCCUGAAGCACCUCUGCAGAACUCAAAUGCCAAUCUGAACAUGAGAAAAAGAGCCAGUGCCUUGGUUCACUCUGAAUCUGAUGUUGGCAACAGAACUGAGGUGGGAAACCAUUCGAGCAAGUCUUCCACGGUUGUUCAAGGAUCUUCUGAAGCCACACCACAGUCUUACUUAGCUUCCAGUCCAAACCCAUUCAGCCAUGCAAAUGCAGCUGAAACUAUAUCCGCCGCAAGAGCAAUUCCACCUGCUUCUCCUUCUCCACCUAGUAGAACUGGGUACGUGCCCCGAAAAGUUCCAGUUGGAUCUGCUUCUACCCAGCGUGUGUUUGGAUCAAGACUGGAGCGAAUUAAGACCACAGUUAAUAGCAUAGGGGCUUCUGGGAAGUUGUCAGCCACUACUGCUCCCUCGGCUCCACCACCGUCUGGAUCUGGCACAAGUAAAAUAGACAAAUAUGCCCGCAUUCUCUUUCCAGUAACAUUUGGGGCUUUUAAUAUGGUCUAUUGGGUUGUUUACUUAUCUAAGGACACUAUGGAGAAAUCAGAAAGUCUAAUGUAA